GCUAGUAUAUAUCUAUAUAUAUUGUGAUAUAUCUUGUGAACUUUCUGCAGAACAGACUUGUUCACAAAAAGCGCUGAAGAACUUCGUAACUAUAAACGGUGCAAGCACCAGAGGCCUCAAGAAAAGGUUUAUGGCCUAAUGCUUCGCCAACCUUAUUUCUAAAUGCUCUCGAAAGAGUUUGUGACUAAAACAAGUUUAAGGCAAGAAAAUUUGUAGUAUUUCUAACUUAGAAUAGACAUCCCAUAGAAUAUUUCUAGGUUAAUUUUAUUUAAAACCCUAAAGAAAGCGUCGAAGAGCAUAAAAAUCUUGUCAGGUUGGUAUCAUUUAUUUGGCACGAGCGGGUACAGUUUUGCAAAAUACGAAUACAUCCUUUGAUAUGACCGUCAGAAUUGACGAACAUCAAAUUCAAGCCGUGCGGUAUGUAAUCCGAUUGUUGAAAAAAAAAUUGUGUGCAAGAUAUGCAAUACGUAAACACGCCCUACCCGUCGCUGGGUUUCGCGAACGAAUGUCAACUUCCCGCUACAUAGCGACCUCUGGGAGGUCGCCGCCGCGACGACACCGUCGCCGUAGAGGUGGCAUCGACCCCAAACCGCGUAUAUAAACCAGUCCGUGAGCCGACCGCUUCCAGUACGCUAAAGCUAGGUCAUCAAACGACGCUUUGUGGCAGUAGCGAAAACCACUGUACCACGCGUGACCCACUUUUUCGUGAAUAGUUUGAGUGCACCGACCUUAAAUUUAGUGCCUUAUACGAAGAAGACUGAACUGAACGUACAUUCUCUCUCAAAGUGAUACAUACGCCUGUGAUAUAUAUUAGUUUUUAAAAAUGCCGGCACCUGCGGAAGAGCCGACUAGGGAGCCGGUCGAGGAUGUUAUCGAGACGGAUCAGUUAGGUGAUUUGGUGCCUUCGGCCAAAGUUUUGGAGACCCGCGAUAGCAUCUCGUCGAUUGAUAGCGACGUUAGCCUGUCGUACGACCGCAAAGCGAGUUUGACCGAUAACCCUCGCGAAAACGAAGGUGCCCACAUGGCGGACCUCUCCGACAGCGCUUCCGAUGCCGGCGGAAAGGAUUCCGGAUGCGAAGUGACCCCGGAAAUCACGGAACCUCCGUUCACGCCGCCCUCCGACGAGCUGGCCGACAAAAUCGUCCAGCAGGUAGAGUUUUACUUUUCCGACGCCAACAUCACCAAGGACGCGUUCCUCUUGAAACAUGUCAAGCGCAACAAGGAAGGGUACGUCUCCUUAAAGCUCAUUUCGAGUUUUAAAAGAGUGAAGCACUUGACGAAGGAUUGGAGAGUGGUUGCGCACGCUUUGGCGCGGUCCGAGAAGCUCGAAAUAAACGAGCUGGGCACCAAGCUGCGCAGGUUGGACCCCCUGCCCAAAUACGACGAAACGACCCCAUCGAGAACGGUGGUGGCGGUUUAUAUGCCGAUUGAUAAGCCCACUAUUGAAAGCGUAGCUGAAUUGUUUAGGUCUUGUGGCGAAAUAGCGCUGAUACGGAUUCUGAGGCCAGGAAAUCCGGUUCCCGCGGACGUGAGGCAAUUUAUCAACAAGAACCCCUCGUUGGCGGGGGUAGUGUGCGCCCUAGUCGAAUUCGUCACGUCAGAAUCGGCGAGGAGCGCGUUGGAGCUCCAAAAUUCGCUAGGGGAACCAAUGAAGGUGUACGAAUUGAACCAUAUGCCUCACCCCGAGAGAAAAAAGAAAAACAACAGCAAAAAACCCCCGGCGGUAAACAACAAUAACAACGUCAUCAGCAAAAAUAACCACAAUAAGGCAUCCGUUUGGGAGUCGGACUACAUAUCGUUGUGCGCGAGCGGGUCGGAUGCCGAAGAUUUGAGAAAAUUCGAUCCGAGAGGUAAAGUACGUCGCGGCUCGUCGGCCAAUUUCCCAUCCCGUUAUAUAGAACCGGCGGCGUGGUUGCAACGCAGACUGUCGGCUUCCAGCACCGAGGCGAACUUCCUGUACAUGCCAAGGCGCCUAUCGUACGGCAGUCGGGACUCAAGCGAUUCCAGCCUGUUUAUCCCGCGCAGGAUGAGCGCGUGCAGCGUUUCAAGCGGCGACAGCUGCUACAAUCGGAGGUUGUCUUCGGCGAGUUCCGAGGGUGGCAACGCCCGAUCCAGGAGCAACAGCACGUUCCAAGCCGGCGAAAACGUGCUAAGGAUGCCGAAAGGGCCGGACGGCAGCCGAGGAUUUUGUAGGCAGAGCCCUUCAUUACCGACCGUCAUACAGUAAGGAAGUUUCGACGCUUCGUAACAAAAAAUAAGAAAUGAUUUGUGGUGCGUGGCUGUAUUAGUUAUUUUGACAAUUAAUAAGACAAGGGGCGAUGCGAAAUGUGUGCUGAGCGCUCGGCAUUCGGAAGUAGGUAGGUCUACCUCGCGCGUGCAAUAAGCGGGCAUAAUAACAUCAAAAAUCGGUCAACGGCAAAAAAUUACGUCAUUAGUUGACGCUUCAAUUUCGGUGGACGAGGAAUGAUCCAAUAAUCGGAACGAUUGCGUAAGGUAGCCAAUAAAAUCGAAAGAUUCUUAUCAAGCUGUCUUCGAAAUGCCAGAUUGAUCGGUGAUUCACGUAGGCACCCUCGUUUUAAACGGCCGCCGUUGAAAUCCUUGAAACCGCGCGCGCGGUUCAAUGAAUUUAGCGGAGCAAGUGUUGACCCAAAAAAUCGAGUGUCACGGCUGUCUUGAUUUCAGCCUGCCAAAGAAAAAAGGCGCGGUUAAAUUUUUUCGCGGCGGUUUUUUUUCGGGUCACUGUGGCGCCCUUCCUUUUUUCCUUAUAAAUAUUUAUUGUACUUAUAAGUCUGGUUUUAUUUGCUAUAAUACUGGAGCACUGACUUUAUUGCGUCCCAGAUUUCAACGAUAUGCUUUCACCUCGCGGUUCGAAUUAGAGGGGUGGCGAUUAUGGAGGAUAGAAAAAAUUAGAAAUUUGUAGAAAAGAAAUUGCAGAGUGGUUAUUUUAAAUUCGUACUGUUUCGGUAUGUGAAAAUGUAUAUUUUUUAACUUUCCGCGGGGUUGCGCAAUGGAAGGCAACGGCGAUGUCGUUUGGUCGGAAUGACUGCGUCAAAAAAAGAGGCAAAUUACGAAGCGGCCCAUAUCUUAUGUGUCGGGCAGACUUUCUUUUCUAUCACUCGACGUAACGAUUCGUAACGCAAGCUUUCCAAUCUGUUUUAAAUUUACCCACAUUUCUUCCAAGUUUGCGCGUUUCUGUUUCGUUUUAGAAGCGGAAUUCGUAAAAGUAUUAUCGCGUUAUUUUUAGAAACCAUUACUUUAAGGUUAUAAAUUAACUGUAUAAAUAUAUAUGUGAUUUUGUUGAUAAAUUUGUUAAAAUAUAGUAAUGUAGGGAUGCUUAGUUAAG